AUGAAAGAAUUAAUUGGCCCUGUAAUUGGAAAGGUUACUGAUACAACUGCUCGAGUCCUUCUGGAAUACGAUUCUGACGGAGAAGUUACUGUUACAUUAAGUGCUUAAGGCUAGACAGAUAAAAUUCUAACUUAAAGAGUUUAAGCUAGGAAGCCUGCUAUAUUUAGAUUUUUAAAUCUAUAAUCAAAUACGAAAUACUCUGUUUUGAUUUCACCUUACACUAAAACUUUAAAAAGUUAAUUUAAAACUUUAAACUAUGAAGUGAAGGAUUUAAAGAUAUGUUGGGUCAGUUGUAAUGAUGCAUCUAAGUAUGAAAAGUUAGGAAAAAGAAAUUUAUGGUUGAAUUUAGCUAAGGAAGUUGCUGAAGAAUAAUAUGAUCUUAUAGUGCAUAUGGGUGAUUAAGUCUAUUUAGAUUCAGAUUAAUGGUAUGGAAACAAGAAUAAUGUCUACAAUAGAGUUUAAGAAUAAGUCUUUAAUAAGUAUCCCAAAGAAGAGUGGAAAUUGCAUAAUGAAGAGGUUUUAGAGCUUAUUCGAGAUGAAUACAGAAGAGCAUGGAAUUUUCCCUAAACUGCUUACAUUCUAGCAAAUACAUCAAAUAUUAUGAUAUUUGAUGAUCAUGAUAUAAGAAAUGAUUGGGGAUAAUAUAAGAGGAAAAGUGUGGUGUAUUACGAAUACUAACGAUAACUUAGAGACGAUUCACUUGACCUAAAUGAUUUAUCAAAAGUUAAGGAAGAAUACUUUACAGUUAAAUUAGGGAAAAUAGGAUUAUUCUUUUGUGAAUUACGAGGUGAUAGAACUUGGCAUAGGUAAGCAGAUUUUGAUGAAAGUAAGAUCAUGACAUAAAAGUAAUGGGAUUUUCUUGAUUAAUCCCUCAACUAAGAGUUUUAAGAUGUAGAAAAUUACGUUUUUGUAUCAUAGAGCACAGUCGUAUUCUUAAAUCAUAAGUUGAAUGAAAUAUUUGGAAAAUCAUCUAGAGAUUAUCUUGAGUAAUGGGUUCGACAUGAAGAUUGCCAAAUAAAAUUGCUCAAAAAACUUUAUGACUGGAAAUUUGAUCCGAAGUUUCAAGGGAGAGAAGUUACAAUAGUUUGUGGUGAUUUACACUUAGGAGGCCAUACAGAUAUUUAUUUCAAAAAAAAGUAAGCCUUCAAACAAUUUACUUCAAGUGCAAUUACAAACGGUCUUAAAUAAGGAAGAGAUAGAAUUUUAAAUCACUUAGGAUAUACCAUUUCAGAAAUUAUGCCAUAAGGAGAAUUUUAAUAUGACCAUCACGGCUGGACAGGUUAGAAUAACUAUGGUGCUAGCCAUUUUAGAAAUAUAGUAAAUAAAAAAAAUUAAAAAGUUAAUAGUGUUGAAUGUUGGAGUGUUAUAGCUAAAGACAAAGAAGAAUCUUAGCCAUUUAUGAUUCAACCAAAGAUAGAUAACUACACAUUCACAAAAGAUAUUGAUUUCGCUGUUUGUUGUACUAUUUUUUGA